AGCAAGAUUCUCAAGAUCAGUCCACAUCGAUGGGGAUAAGGAAGGCAUCGAUUGGAUCCGCGGCGGCAUUGCUCUUGCUAGGGCUCCUCAUUCAGCUUCCUUUACGCCUCUCUGGGAUCGCUGUGACCGUCCACGAUGUGGAGUGCGUUUACGAGUUCGUGCAAUUCGAAGGAGAUACAGUCUCCGGAAACUUUGUUGCCAUCGAUCACGAUGUUUUCUGGGGUUCGGAUCACCCAGGCGUCGAUUUAAUUGUUUAUUCGCCACGAGGCGACACUGUACACACAUCAAAGGGAAAAUCUGGGGACAAAUUUGAGUUUAAAGCUCCUAGCAAUGGAAUGUACAAGUUUUGUUUUCACAAUCCAUCAAAAAUUCCGGAGUCCAUAUCUUUCAACAUCCAUGUUGGCCAUAUUCCUAGCGAGCAACAUCUUGCCAAAAAUGAACACCUUGAUCCCGUGAAUGUAAAAAUUGCCGAGCUUAGAGAAUCAUUGGAGUCUGUUACCUUGGAACAACGGUACUUGAAAGCACGUGAAGCUCGCCAUCGGCUCACAAACGAGAGCACUAGAAGGCGCCUAAUUUUUUAUACAGUGCUGGAGUAUGUUGCGCUCAUGCUUGCCAGCGUUCUCCAGAUUUGGUACAUUCGCGGAAUGUUCAGCAAAACUGUAGCAUACAACCGAGUUUAAGUUUCACAUGAUAAAAGUUAUAGAAUCUAUAGUAUUUGUCUUCUAAUCCUGAGUGUAAUUGAGUUUACUGUUAUGAAGUAUGUGGUGUAUCUUUGUCUUCUCAUUCAGAGCAUAAUACAUUGAUUUCAGUCUCUAAUGACUAAUUUUUUAAUUAGACUGAGAUUAUGAGUUUAAAAAUUAUUCUGUAACAUAGAUUUUGUUGGGUUGAAGACAAAUUUGAGUUUUUCUCA